UCAGUUGUACUAGUUUCCUAUAGUUUGGCAACUGGUUCAGAGUCUUGUUUUUCUUCAGAAGCGUUGAACUCAACUAAGUUUCUCAUAAAAACUAGGUUUACUUUAUCUCUGGUCCAUGCAACCCCAACGCUAUCACCAACAAUAGUAGCUUUCCAUUUUUACCCCAACAAUGGUGUCGGAUUCCGUAUUGGUUGAUCGCCUCCGGGAAAUUCUCAAAGUUUCCGACCUUGAAACUACCACCGCCGGCAGCGUUCGUCGGAAGCUUGAGGAGGAAUUCGGGGUUGACUUAAAUGACAGAAAAGCCUUUAUCAGAGACCAAAUCGACCUUUUCCUUCGAACCCAUGUUGAGGAAACCCCAAACGACGACGUACAAGAAGUAGAAGAAGAAGAAGAACAAGAAACAGAGAAUGUGAAGGAAGAGGAAAAUGAUGAUUCUUGCUCCCAAGAAGAAGAGAAUGAGAGUGAUACAGGGGCAAAGGAGAAAGCCCGUAGGUCUGAGAAAAUGAAUGGAGAAGCAAAGAAAAAAGGGGGCUUUAACAAGCCAUGUGCACUUUCUCCACAGCUUCAGAAACUGGUUGGCCAGUCCGAACUUGGCAGACCAGAGGUCGUUAAGAAGAUUUGGGCCUAUAUCCGGGAGAAGAAUUUACAAAACCCACAGAACAAGCGUAAAAUUUUAUGUGAUGAAGUUUUGAGUGAAAUUUUUCGGGCCAAAACAGUCGACAUGUUCCAGAUGAACAAGGUGCUAUCCAAGCACAUUUGGCCCAUAGAUGAGGAAGAUGCCAGUCAAGUCAAAUCCUCUGUGAAGAAAAGGCUACCGAAACAAGGAAGAGAAGAAGCUUUAGAUGAGCCAAAGCAGAAAGAGAAAAGGCAGAAAGGGGGAGGAUCUGGUUUUCUUGCUCCAGUUCGGUUAUCAGAUGCCCUUGUAAAAUUCUUCGGUAUUGGUGAAAAUGCAUUAACUCGAGCUGAUGUUAUCAAGCGAAUAUGGCAGUAUAUAAAAGAAAAUGAGCUGCAGGAUCCAUCUGAUAAGAAGACAAUCAUCUGCGAUGAAAGGUUAAAAGAACUAUUUCAAGUUGAUUCCUUCCAUGGCUUCACAGUUACAAAGCUCUUGACUGCUCAUUUUAUCAAAAGAGAAGACUGAUGUUGGAAUUGCAAUUGGGGUAAUUUUUCUUCUCUUUGGCCCUGUUAGUGGUUACUGCUUCUCUGUCUUGGUUCCUGUGGCUUUUAGGCAGAUUCUGCGUAAAAGCCACAGGAAGAUGAUACAAUUGAACUAGAAUAGGAUCUUGAAUGUUACUGGAUCAGAUUAUCAACUAAGAUCAUCCGGAGUCGGUCUCCAGGGGAUAAGAAAGGCAAAAAGAUAAAAUGAAGAAAACAAAUUUGUUAUAUUCUUACUCCUGCUUAGAUGUUCUUAGGGAUUGGUGUCUUAUAUUUUUAAAGUACUAACAGUCACACGAAAUUUCGUUUCUCCCUCUCUCUUGGC